GCAGAGAGGGGGGGAGAGCGCAGACAUGCUCAGGUGUUCUUCUGACGAGCUGUCUGAGGGUUACAUUGCGCAGGCUGUUUCUUUGUUUUUAAAGGACAGAUUCGAGGAAAGGCUGAAGUACAAAGAAACUUUGAGGACAGAAACAUCCGGGAUAUUCUUUAUUUUUCAGGCGUGAAGAUGCGAAUCUGUGUGACCUUUCUCCUGGUUUACUGAGGAUUUAAAUGUGUUUUUACAGUUGAGGUUUUUAUGGAUAUUUUGAGUCGAAUAACAGGUGGUUUAAAUUGGCGCAGCGAGAGGAUAGAAAUACACAGAGUCUUCUUCGGUGUUCAGGAGCAGAUGUUGAUGUUGAUAACGCUAUUUGUACCGGUGCUGCUUCUGCGUCUGGUCCAAGGCGAGCCCGGGUCUCUCCUGACCUUCAGAGACACUGACCCGAUCACUGGCAGGUCGGUGGAGUGCGAUCGGUGCCCCCCGGGGUCCUACCUGCGUGCUGGCUGCACCGAGACGCUCAAGAGCGAGUGCUCACCGUGUCCGACAGGCUCGUUCACGGAGCUGUGGAACUACAUUGGGAAGUGUCUGCGCUGCGGGGUGUGCGGACACAACCAGGUGGUGAAGACGGAGUGCAUGGCGGACAGUGACUGUCAGUGUGAGUGCAGUCUGGGAUACUACUACAAGAGGAAGUACGACGCGUGCCUGCACCACAGCGAGUGUCCGUCCGGGCAUGAAGUGCUGACUCAAGGUACAGCCGAUGAGGACACGGUUUGCCGAGUUUGUCCCAACGGCACGUUCUCCGACACCGUCUCUUCUCUCAAGAACUGCACGGCGCACAAAAGCUGCAGCGCCCCGGGGCUGCACGUGGUGCUGAGGGGCUCCACGUGGCACGACAGCGUGUGUAUGACCUGCGACCAGUCGGCAUCGAAAGACGGAGCGGACUACCUCAAAGAAAUCAUCCCGUCUUUCUUCAUCCACCAGAAAAUGAUGGUCAGGAGGCUGCGCCACAUCCUGCGCAAGCUCCCAUCUGAGGAUGGCAGAAAACACGAAGGAGUCUCCGGAAUGCACACGUCAGAACUCCACCAGCGGAUUAAUGCUUGGGUCGCCGCUGCCACGGCGCCGCACAUCCGGCAGCUUCCUGCGAUCCUGACCAAAACAGGAGCGGUCAGCGCCGGAGAGCGUCUGCAGCACAAGCUGCACAGGAUCGACGCUCAUGUGGCCGAGCUGUGCGGUUUGAAUGACGGGGCGGACGCAGCCCGGGGGUCAGAGUAGAAAACAGCGGUGUAUCUUCCUCUUCUUACGUCUCCAGUCUCGACCUCAUGUGCACUCCUGCUUGUUCAGAAAGUCAUGUAUGUUGGUGUGUGGCCUCGUGUGUGUGCUGACGUCUUAAUUUAUUUAGGAGCCACUUGGCAGAGCUUGUUGUGUUUUUGUACAUAAAGAAUGUUUUUGAUCACGUGCAGCUUCUUCAAUAAAGAUCAUAAAUCUGA